AUGCAAGUUAUGCCGCAAACGCUAGGGAGAGUAGCUCGCCGGAGUGACGAGGAGAUUCUGCAGAAUAUUGAUGUUUAUAUGUCCAUGAGCUUCGGCAUUGCUGACCAGGCUGGCGGCUUUCAUCAAGGAUCUAUGUGGGAAGAGAUCGUCAUUCGCUACCAUCAACUCAAAAAGCCCAGACGCUCAGUCGACACCAACAAACCAGUGGGUAAUGACGUCCUUCAGGCCGCCCCGGACUCUGAUUCGAAGGUCACUAUCGCUGCUUCAAACCCGAUAGUCAACCUUUGCGAAGAAAUACACAAGCGACAUAUCCAAGGCGGGACCGGCUCUUAUGGAGAAAUCACAGACAAGACUUCGGAAAAGCCCAGAGAAUAUCGUGUCUACCCUGGCAAAUGCCUGCCCGGUCGUGAUGCUUGGAGUGCUAUAGCUUUGCGGGAGGUUCUCGAGGACCCGAGCAAGUAUUCCGGUUUACACGGGCAAUACGUGGCAAAGAGGAAAUUGGCUGCCUCUGUUUCUGUCGGCUUCCUACAACUACAUCAGACGCACUGGUUACCGGAUAUGAUUACAAGUCAAGAAGUCUAA